UUCAUUUGCAUCUAAUGCGUCUCCAUUCAUAUUUUCUGGGAUUGUAAUUAAAUUCCAGAAAAUAUAUUUGAUUAUUAAUUGUCAUUUUUAAUUUAUAUUGUAUUUUUUUUUUGUUUCUCUUUGAUAUUUUUAUUAGCGGCGACGGCGAGAGAUUCGAUCACGGGAACUCAGGCUCAAUAAUUAGUAGUUGGAUGCAGAGAAAAAAAGAAAAAAGGAAAAUAGGAAAAAAAGAAGGUGAAAUUCAGUCACUGGAGAGCCCAAAUCUGGACCUUCAUCGUCUGUUUCUACUUGGACUGCAAACUGAAAUCCACUUCGAUGCACUUCUCUGCUGCUUUUUCCGCUUUUGUUUUCGCCGGAGUUUGUUGUUAGCUUCACUCGUCUAACCCUAGCUGCGUUUGACAAUUGCGGGAAGUCAAUUUCUGUGAGAGUUCAUGAAGUAAAGUGACUUUUGAUUUGUCUACAUUCAUUUUCAGUUGUGAAAAUCUAAAAAAAUUUUUUCAGUGGUCUUGGGAGCUUUGUUCAGUUGUUGGCAUGCAUAUUGAUAUCAACUUUUUGGGGUUCAUCGGAUGAACUCAUUUUCCAAUUGUCUUGAUGCAGUUACGAAUUAUUUACAGUGUCCUGCUGCUCUGAGAAACAUGCCAUCGAAAUGGAAGAUGCCUUACAUUGAUUUGAAGAUUAUUUCUUCAGAAUACAUUCUAUUUAAUUUUACAUCAGUUGGGACAUCGGUGGGCAAAAAAGGUUCACUACUGUAAUGUAAAAGGAAAAUUAUGGAGAAUCCUUCAGAAAAAAAAUAUCCAUUGAAUGCAAAGGAUUAUAACUUACAUGAAGAAGUUGGUGAAGGCGUCAGUGCCACUGUGUACAAAGCACUGUGCAUUCCACUAAAUGAGAUUGUCGCUAUAAAGGUUCUUGAUUUGGAGAAGUGCAACAAUGACCUAGAUGGUAUUCGACGAGAAGUUCAAACAAUGACUUUGAUUGAUCAUCCAAAUUUAUUAAGAGCACAUUGUUCAUUCACAGCUGGCCACCACCUCUGGGUUGUGAUGCCUUACAUGUCUGGGGGAUCUUGCCUUCAUAUUAUGAAAUCUACUUAUUCUGAAGGUUUUGAUGAGCCUGUCAUAGCUACUUUGUUGCGCGAGGUUCUGAAAGCUCUUGUUUAUCUUCAUGCUCAUGGCCACAUUCAUAGAGAUGUAAAGGCUGGGAAUAUUUUAAUUGAUUCUAAUGGUACGGUCAAGUUAGCUGAUUUUGGAGUCUCAGCCUGCAUGUUUGAUACUGGAGAUAGGCAACGCUCAAGAAACACAUUUGUUGGAACUCCUUGCUGGAUGGCACCUGAGGUUAUGCAGCAAUUACAUGGAUAUGACUUCAAGGCAGACAUCUGGUCAUUUGGAAUAACAGCACUUGAACUGGCUCAUGGGCAUGCUCCAUUUUCAAAGUACCCACCAAUGAAAGUUUUGCUAAUGACAUUACAAAAUGCUCCUCCUGGUCUCGACUAUGAAAGAGAUAAGAGGUUCUCUAAGUCGUUCAAAGAAAUGGUGGCUACAUGCCUAGUGAAGGAUCCUAAGAAACGGCCAAGUUCAGAGAAGCUCUUAAAGCACCCAUUUUUUAAACAAGCCCGUUCAGUUGAUUAUCUUGCUCGAACAAUUCUGGAUGGCCUUUCUCCAUUAGGGGAACGUUUUAAGAAGCUACAGGCAAAAGAAGCUGAUCUUCUAGGGCAGAACAAGGCUUUGUAUGGGGACAAGGAGCAUUUGUCACAGCAAGAGUAUAUUCGAGGAAUUAGUGCCUGGAACUUCAAUCUUGAGGAUUUAAAGAAUCAGGCUGCCCUUAUUCAAGAUGAUGAUAUGUCAAACAUAGAAGAUUUAGAUGUACAUACAACAAAGCAAAGAAACAAGAAUAAUGAUUUUAGCUUUCCAGUAGAGGGUUCAUCCCUUGAAAAGCCGAAUCACCUAACUGCUGCAGCUAGUCAGGAGGAUGGUUUCAGUGAUCUUCAUGAUCUGGAGAGCUCCCUUGCUUCUUUCCCUAUAAAACCUCUCGAAGCACUGAAAGAUUGUUUUGACAUCUAUGAAGAUAUAAGCACAGACAGUGUAAGGCCAGGGGAUCGAGAAAAUGGAAGAACUGAGGGUGAAAGUUCAGGGCAAAGUGGUUCCUUACCACGUCAUUACAUGGCAGAGAAUAAGAGGUCCUUCAGUGGUUCACUAAUCUCUGACAAUGCAGUUUCCCCUAAAAAGAUUAUUGUAGAUGGUGAUAGGGACUAUCUUCAGUCAAAACUUCCAGCUGAGCGUAGUUACAGUGGUCCAUUAUUAUAUCGCCAGAAAAGAGAUACAAGUAAUAUUUCAGCUGUCGAUGAUACAUCAGAUGGAACAGUUGUCCAACGCAAGGGGCGAUUUAAAGUUACUUCGGCAGAGCUCAGUCCAAAGGGUCCUAUGACGGGCUCAUUUAGUCCAGUCUGCGGAGGGACGAUAAGUCCGACGUCCCUGAACUUUACACCUGCUCUGCUCCUCCCACCGAUGCAAUGCAUUUUGCAGCAGAACAUCCUGCAACGGGAAGAGAUCGUCAAAUUGAUCAAGUAUUUGGAACAAAUGACUGGCAAGAAUCCAGAUGUAUCAGAGACAGUCACCAGUGAAACUCUGCAGAUGCCUCCGGCUUCCUCUAGGGAAAGAGAGUUACAAUCUCAGGUCGUUCAUUUGCAACAGAGAAUCGAUAAUCUUGCUGAGGAAUUAGAGAAGCAGAAGUUGAAAAACGCCGAGUUUGAAAGACACAUGAUGCGCAAUGGGUAGCUCUCAUCCUGAGGCCUUGGUUCCUGGAUUAUUCUUUAGCAAUUCAUGUGAGGCUGUCUCUGCCUGCAAAUUUCAGUGGAUGAUGAUGAUAUGGCCAAAUCUUUAUUGUAUUUGUAGUGUACUAUAAGUGUGAUGUCAAAAGGCAGACACCAAAAAUUUUGUGAUGUUCUUUAAUGUAUUUCCUAUGUAUCUUGUAAUGCUGAUCGUGUAAUAUAUUGCAGUUUCUUUCUCUUGCUUUCUCACACUUGCUUCUAAGCCUACAGUUAAUACACAGAAUAUUGAAUCA